AUGCGCAGUCAACAAGCCUCCCGGAUCCCGCUGGGGUCACAGAGUAAUCGAAGCCUUGGAACCUUCCGGGUCGAGCGCGGGGCACCCUUUCUUUGGGAAAUCGUUGCUUUGUCCACCAGAGGAAUGCUUUGCUGAUCCUCUCUGGUCGGAUGGCCCCGGGAGGACGGGAAGAUGACUGCUGAACUGAGCUCGCCUGGUCCCUCUCCUGAUAGACUGCCUAGAGCUCCCUGGGUCUGAGAUCUAACUCAGAGAUGGAGUUUUCAGGCUCAUCUUCGACCACCACUGAGCAGCAGUUGCAGAAGCAAGAGGAACUGAGCAACACCGAAACUGACUGGGCCGAGCAGAACCUCAUCUCAUCCAAAGAAUGGCUUCAACUACAUGGACUUAAGAGCAACAAGUUGACCUUGAAACAGAUUUUGUCACAGAUUGGCUUCCCACACUGUGAAGAUUAUGUGACUUCUCUGGGGAGACCUGUGGCUUCCCGAUAUGCUGAUGGCCUGUUUCCGAGGUUUUACACAGUGGAGGAUGGCAGAGUAUACAAUUUAACAGCUAAAUCAGAAUUGAUCUGUCAAUUUGUGGAGCAAUUAACACAGGCUGUGGAGAACUACAGGGAGCGCAUGGACUGGCUCACCAGCAGGAGUCGGCAGGUUUUUGGUGUCAUUUUGGAACAGUGCAUCACAAUCGUGCUGGACCUUGGUGGCAUGCUGGAGGAGGAGCUUAAUCUGUGCCAAGAUGCGCUGGUCAUGGUCCUCCAGGAGCAGGUGGCGCUCAUAACCAAGUUCAAUAUCAUAUGUGUUUCUCAAAAGCCUAUAAAAUGGCAGGAAAAUGCCUCUCCUGUGACGGAACAGUCAAUAGCUGCUGCCAUCAGUUGGGUUGAGAAACUGCCUUUUGAGCUGGCUCUGAGCCCAGCCAGCCGUCUGGAUGCCCUGCUGGAAGCUGGGGAAGACAAAACAAUUGAAUCCAUUUACUACUUUGUGGUGGGGGAUGUUCCUGAGGAAUCCAAGGAGCUUCUCCUUAAGAGGGCUUUGGAGAUCCCACAUCCUGUCUGCACGGUGUCCUUCAAUGCCAGAGGAGAAGACACUAUUGAGUUCUUAAAGCUUCUGAGUGCCAAGACUCACAGCAGAUUCCAUGCAUUUGCAGAGAGAACACAGUGUAUGGAAUUCCCUGCAUUCCCCGGGAAGGAUGGUGACAGUGCCAUUACUUGGAAUUCAAGGAAACUAAAAGGAAAACUCCCUCCAGGAGCCGGGGUCAGAGAGGAUGUGUUUCUCAUUUGGAGGGAGAUGCAGGAAGCCUGCAGCACGCUAGCCCAGAUUCAGAGGCUGGUGGCUGAGCCUCCCAAGUCCAACAUGUCCCCAGAAGACUGCGAACCAGGCACAACCUCUUUUAAGAGCAAGUCAAAUCUGGAGGAUACCUGGGACUCGAAGAAGUGGCUGCAGAAAUAUGGCCUAAAAGCCCAGAAGCUGUCAUUUUAUGAUGUCCUUGCUGACUGUUCCUUCCGUCAUGCUGAUGGAGUUGUUGAUAUAAAAGCCAAACCAGAGAACGAGGCCAUACAGACCAGUGCAGAGACCAACAAGAAGACAGUCCAUGCAAAAUAUUGCAGCAGAUUUAUCCAUGCUCCCUGGAAGGAUGGGAGUUUGGUUCAUGUCUGUAUUACCAAGGAUAAGUGCACAUGGUACAAUGAGAGAAUGCAUGCAGUUCUGGCCCAGAUCCAGAGAAGGAUUAAGUGGAUACAGGAUGGAAGUCAGAGCCUCUUCGGAAAAGUAUAUAGUGACUGUGUCUACAUUCUCAUUGAUACGUCUCACUCAAUGAAGGGCAAACUGGAUUUGGUGAAGGACAAGGUCAUCCAGUUUAUACAGGAACAGCUGAAAUAUAAAAGGAAAUUCAAUUUUGUACAGUUUGAUGCUCAAGCGGUGGCUUGGCGGGAAAAACUUGUUGAAAUUGAUGAAGUUAAUUUGAGACAGGCUCAGUCCUGGAUUAGAAACAUUGAGAUUGGAAGUUCUACCAAUACCUUGAAUGCCCUGCAAAUUGCUUUUGCUGAUAAAGAAACACAAGUUAUCUACCUCCUGACAGAUGGGAGACCUGAUCAGCCACCUGAAAUGGUUAUAGACCAAGUCAAAGUUUUAAAAAAUAUUCCCAUUUAUACCAUCUCCUUCAAUUAUUAUGAUGAGCUUGCAAAUGGAUUUUUGAAAGAGCUUGCUUCUUUGACUGGAGGAGAAUUUCAUUGUUACAAUUUUGGCUGUAAGGAUCCUUUCCCACCAGUGACUGUCCAGAAUGAAGAUCUGACUCUUUUGAUGGAAGAAAUGGAGCAGGGGUACAGUGACCUGGAGAAGGUGCAAAACCUUUAUUCUGAAUCCUUGAUCAUGGACUGGUGGUACAAUGGAGAGAAGAAAGGCCACAAUAAGCAUCAAAAAGAAAUCUGUUCUAUGGCUGCAACCCCAGAAAUAUGUGCAAAACCACAUUCUGAUGUCGAAUCAACACAAUCAUCCUCCCUAAAUAUGUCGAAAGUACCAAGGGACCUUUCAAAUCAAAAGAUUCACAAAAAGAAAGUCCUUCAUGCAGAGUCUACCAAAACCAGCCUGCUCAGAAGUCAGAUGUCCAUGCUCAAGAGCUCAGCUUACAGUGAGAGGAAGGACAGCCUUUCCAACUCCAGCAGCUGGCUCACCACAAGUGACAAAGAAAUGAGCUUGCCGCUGACAAAUGAUUAUCCAGAUGACAAAGCAUUAGAAAGAUUGACUCGAGAAGAGAGCCAACUUUAUGACCAAGAUUUUUCAGAUAUGUCUUCAGCAAACUGGCUCAAGACCCAUGGCCUAGUUGCCAGGAAGCUCACCCUCAUGGAUGCCUUGUCCACGACUGCGGUCCCUCACUCCCCCACCUAUGUUCCUAUUCUGGGCAAGCAUGUUGUUUCCAAGGUCUUUGAUGAGGUGUUCCCUCUGGCACAUGUUUGCAAUGACACGAAUAAGAUGACAUUAAUUAACCCCCAAGGAGUCAAGCUUAAUAUCUACAAGCAAAAGGUGGAACAGGCAAUUAGGUCCUAUGAAAAGCGUUUGAAUAAAAUUGUUUGGCGAGCACUGACUCAAGAGGAAAAGGAGAAGUUAGAUGCCAACAAACCAAUGAAAUAUUUGGAAAACAAGGCAGCUUUAAACAAAGCAUUAGAACGUUUGAAUUGGCCCAUUUCAUUGAAAGAGCUGUCCAUGCUGGAAAAUGAAAUCCUAGCUGGGAAAAUGUAUGUCCAACAGGCCAUGGAACUCCAGGAGGCUGUCAAGAAAGAAAAUCAUGUGAACAAGACCCUAGAAGAGCAACAUAAAUCUCCAGGAAACACACCAAAGAAAAUUAAACCAAAAAAAGUGGACCCCCUGAAAGGCCAGAAGGUUAUUGCAAGAUGUGAUGAAAAUGGCUUUUAUUUCCCAGGUGUUGUGAAGAAGUGUGUGAGCCCCACCCAUGCAUUGGUGGUCUUUAGGUAUGGAGACACGAAGGUUGUGCCCAUCUCCUUCAUCACGCCUGUGGGGGGUGCCAUGCCCUGCCCGCUGCUCCAGGUUGGAGAUUAUGUGUUUGCCAAAAUUGUGAUACCCAAUGGAUUUGACUUCUACGUCCCUGCUAUAGUUAUAGCACUCCCAAAUCAGGAUGUGGCUGAAGAUAAAUUCUAUACAGUUUUGAAGUGUAACAACCGGAGAGAAUUUUGUCCUCGGAGUGCACUCAUUAAGAUUAGCCAAAACAAGUAUGCUCUUUCUUGUUCACACAUAAAGUCACCACCAAUCCAGGAGGAUACAAAGGUGGGGGACACAGAUAAAAAGGACUCAACUUUCCUAAUAUGUCCACUCAAGGAAGGUGACACAGGGGAUUUACGAGAGCCGAAAGAAGAGAACCAUAGAAGAAAGAAAAAGAAAUCUGCCAAGAGGAUACCUCUCCAAGAGAGGUUGUCCUCAGACUCGGACGGUCCUUCCCAUGACAAUAGGUCCCAACAGUCCUACACCAAGAGACACACCAAGUAUAAGGUGGGAGGGGACAACAUAACUUAUCUCUCGAACCCCCUGAAAUAUCUCUCAAGAAUAGUGCACAUGAGCUUACUCCCAAGUUUCCAGGCCAGUUUAGAUCCCAGUACAGCAGGAACUCUAACACCCUUAAAUAAUACUGAUAUCCACUUCCUCAGAGAAGAUCCUCAGCCGGGGUUACAGGAGUGGGCCAGACUUGACAUCGCUGCCAUAACUCCACCUCCAGCAGCCCCGCCCUGCCCUUAUAGAGUCACCCACAACAGCAAAGGAUUGAGGACGAUCGAUGAGAACGCUUAAAGCAGUCUAGUGGCAACUAUAUCUAAGAGAGCCCACAUUCCUCCAGGGCUGACCAGACCUCGGCCACUCGACGCUGUGGACUGGCCCCUCUGCUGAGGUAAGGUUACCUUCAUCCCACCCACAUCUUCGCUGUUUGUAAAAAGCAGGUAGAC